AUGCCCCGGCUUGACACGUCUAUGGAGACUCAUCGACUGACUCACUCAGCACGGCAUUACUCAUAUGAGUGCAAAGCGCCGGCGCAAGAACGGCCAUACGUCUCUCGCCCGUCGCGUUCACAGCAGCUACGCAAUCCCAAGCUCGUCCCCAAGCUGACGAGCGAUACCCCAAACCCCCUUGAGAAGAAGAAGGGUGUUGCGGAUGAGGAGCUCGCCAAACUAGAGGCCGAGCGAGAGAGGAAACGAAAGCUUGAAGAGCGCGAAGACGAGCUGUCAGACGCGGGUUCUAGGCGCCAGAGAUCAGUUUCUUCGCAUUCAGUCUCAACCAUCUCAACAGGCGCCUCGAGGGAUUCCCGCUCUCCAUCACCAAGGCGAAGAACCAGGUCUCCCACGCCGCCCAAGCGACGGGGAUACAGUCCAGAGCGACGCGAUAGGGGAGAUUCGCGUUCGCGUUCGCCACAGCAGGAUGGCCGGCCUUAUCGGAGCCGAGACGAUCACAACGCCCCGCGCGGCGGCCAUCGAGGAGGUCGUUAUGGAGGGCAGGGACGGGCACCGCCCAGUGAGACCCCCAGAGAGGCUCACAAAGAGGCGCCCCGAGAGCGGAGCCUGAGCCCCUUCAGCAAACGAUUAGCACUAACCCAGUCUAUGAACAUGGGCGGAAGAUGA